CAAAACUUUUCGUCUGCGGCAAAUUCUCAGACUGCGCAACGUCGCCGUCUACAAACAUCUCUGUAGCAGGCUGCGGGAGAGUCUCAUCGCCCUAGAACCAUGGAGACUCAAUCCAAUCGACCCCAUCGAGCCUCAAAGGAGAAGAAAACCCCGCGGAAGGGCGAAAAGAAUGUCAAGGCCUUUGCAGUCGCCAACCCUGGACGGUUAGCCAAACAGGCAGUGCGAUCCAGCGACAUCAAAGAAAAGCGACUGCAUGUACCACAAGUUGAUCGGCUCCCAGAAGAAGCCCCUCCUAUCGUCGUCACAGUCGUCGGUCCUCCUGGGGUCGGAAAAACGACCCUCAUCAAAAGCCUCAUCAAGCGCUAUGCCAAACAAACCCUCUCCCACCCUGUCGGCCCUCUGACCGUCGUGACCUCGAAGCGACGACGCCUCACCUUCCUCGAAUGCCCCUCCGACUCUCUCGCGGCCAUGAUAGACGUGGCCAAAAUCGCCGACAUAGUCCUCCUCAUGAUCGAUGGCAACUACGGGUUUGAAAUGGAAACCAUGGAAUUUCUCAAUGCCCUCAGCACGUCAGGCAUGCCCGGCAAUGUCUUCGGAAUUCUCACCCACCUUGACUUGUUCAAAAAGCAGUCCACAUUGCGUGCGACAAAGAAAAGAUUAAAACACAGAUUCUGGAGCGAAUUGUACCACGGCGCAAAACUCUUCUAUCUGUCUGGGGUAAUUAACGGACGCUAUCCUGAUCGCGAGAUCCACAAUUUGUCUAGGUUUUUGUCCGUGAUGAAAAAUCCAAGACCGUUGGUUUGGCGCAACAGUCAUCCAUACUGUCUUGCUGAUAGAUUCUUGGAUGUAACUCCUCCCACCGAGAUUGAACAAAAUGACAAGUGUGACCGGCAAGUCACCCUCUAUGGCUAUCUUCGAGGGACAAAUUUCCCCGCAGACGGUGCUAGAGUCCACGUUCCCGGUGUCGGCGAUCUGACAGUCAAGGAAAUUGAGGCUUUGCCCGACCCCUGCCCUACUCCAUUCAUGGAUCAAGCCAUUGCCAAGGCGACGGGUAAAUCCAAGAGAAGGAAGCUGGGCGAGAAACAAAAGAUUCUCUUUGCUCCCAUGUCGGAUGUAGGCGGCGUUUUGGUCGACAAGGACGCCGUCUACAUCGAUGUCAAGACAAACACAUUCGACAGAGAAGUCGACAGCGGCACCGACCGUGGCCUCGGUGAACAGCUCAUGAUCAAUCUACAAAGUGAGCGCAGACUUCUAGGCGAGAAUACCGGCGGUGUCAGACUCUUUCAGGGAGGGAAGCAAAUCCAAGAAAACGAUAUGGGCCGUACAGAGAGAAGAGGCGUUCGGUCAUUCAACCAGAAUGAUGAUACCACCGAGCAGCCUGACCAAGACGAUGAUGAAGGAUUUGUCAGUGGUGACGACGAAGACGUUAAUGAUGACUCCGAAAUCGAAGGUGACGAAACUCAUGAUUACUUUCCACAUUCUGGCAGACCUGGCUUCGUCGUUGACGAUGAUCUCGAACAAGGCAACGAAGCAGAUGUGGCUUUUGCAGAGAGUGAUUCAGAUAUGGGAUCUGUCUCUUCCGACCCCGGGAUGAGUGACGAUUCCUCUGUCUCGGAAGAUUUCCCUGACGAACAAUCCGAUGAUGACAUCGACGCCGAAGAGGAAGGGGCUCUUCGAUGGAAGACAGAUCUGGCCGAAACGGCUAGGAGAUCACACACGUCCAAAAUCGCAUAUCGAGCUAUUGAUCUGUCUCGUUUAAUUUAUAACCCCAAGGUACAUCCUUCGGAUGUCUUGGCUACGUGGAGCGGCGACAAUAUUGAUAAACCAAACGACCCAAUUCCAGAGGACGACGAUGCCUUUUUCAAGAGAGCAAAGACGGAACAGGAGGCUGAGAUCGAAGAUCGACUAUUACCUAGAUACGACUUCAAGGCCUUGGCCGAGAAAUGGGAGGACGAGGGGAAUAUUGAGUCACUCAUGUCCAAAUUCUCCCGUCAUGCUCUCGGCACGGGUGCAAAUGCCGACAGCGAUGUGGAUUCCAACGACGAAAUCGGAGACGACGAUUCAGAUGAGGGAGAUGGGGAUUUCGAAGAUCUCGAGGCUGGUAAUGAUGCUGAGCCGGCCCCGAAAGAAGAAACAUCGCUCGAAGAAGAGAGAGCGCAGAAAGCAAAACGAAAAGAGGAGCUUCGUCUCCGCUUCGAAGAAGAAGAUCGUGAGGGAUUCGGCAACGCCCAGAAGGAUGUCAAAUCGACCGAAGAGGACUUCGGCGAGGAUGACUGGUAUGAUGCGCAGAAAGCCAUGCUUCAAAAGCAACUUGACAUCAAUCGUGCAGAGUUUGACAGCCUCGACCCAACGUCACGUGCACGGGCAGAGGGAUUCAAGGCUGGAACAUAUGCGCGAAUUGUCCUCGACAAGGUACCGUAUGAGUUUGCGCGGUCCUUCAAUCCCAGGAUGCCUGUCAUUGUUGGGGGACUUGCGCCCACUGAGGACAGAUUCGGCUUCGUACAGAUUAGGAUCAAAAGGCACCGAUGGCACAAGAAGAUCCUCAAGACGAACGAUCCUCUGAUAUUUUCACUCGGAUGGCGACGGUUUCAGACACUUCCGCUGUAUUCCAUCUCCGACUCACGGACGCGUAACCGAAUGUUGAAAUACACCCCUGAGCACAUGCACUGCUUUGGGACAUUCUAUGGACCGCUUGUGGCGCCGAAUACGGGCUUCUGCUGCGUUCAAUCAUUCUCCAAUGCCAAUCCAGGCUUCCGCAUUGCCGCCACCGGCGUUGUCUUGAAUGUCGAUGAGACCACUGAGAUUGUGAAAAAGCUGAAGCUGACUGGAUAUCCGUACAAGAUCUUCAGGAAUACGGCAUUCAUCCGAGAUAUGUUCAAUUCGUCGGUUGAGAUCGCAAAGUUCGAAGGCGCCAGUGUACGGACUGUAUCUGGGAUUCGAGGUCAGAUUAAACGUGCGCUGAGCAAGCCUGAGGGGCACUUCCGUGCCACCUUCGAAGACAAAAUUCUCAUGUCAGAUAUUGUCUUCCUCCGCGCAUGGUUUCCGGUAAAGCCUCAUCGGUUUUACAACCCCGUCACCAAUCUACUGGAUGCAUCGCCUAGUACUACAGAUGAGAAGACUGGCGAUGGAGCCGACAAUUGGCAGGCAAUGCGCCUUACUGGAGCCGUGCGUGCAGCAAUGGGCAUCUCCACCCCCCUCAAUAAGGACUCGGCCUAUACCAAGAUUGAACGUCCCACCCGCCACUUCAACCCCCUAAGGGUUCCCCGCGCUCUCGCGGCAGACCUCCCAUUCAAGAGCCAGAUUGUUCAGCACAAGGCGCGCAAAGCACCGACCUACCUUCAGAAGCGCGCGGUCGUGCUCGGAGGAGAGGAGAAGAAAGCUCGAGACUUGAUGGUGAAGCUGCAGACGCUGCGCAAUGAAAAGGCAGAGAAGAGGGCCAAGAAGCAGGAAGAGAGGAGGGAUGUCUAUCGGAAAAAGGUUCAAGAGAACGAGGAGAAACGAGCGGAUCGAGAGAAGCGAGAACGGGAUGAAUACUGGAGAAAGGAGGGCAGGAAGAGGAAGGGCGAUGGAGGCGGAGGUGGGGGUGGGGGUGCUGCUGGCAGGAAAAGAGUCAAGAGAUAGUCGCUUGGCCCAUAUUGUCAAGAAUGCCAACUUACGAAGAGUAGAAUCUUACCCUGGUUGGAUAUCGGCGGCGGCUCAGACUCAUCAGUCAGCGACGAGCUUUGUGAGUGAAACGCUCCAGAAACGAAAAUCCGACCUUGUGAUGCCGAAACACCGAUGUUGAACUCUGUCUGACCUUUUCCACCCCGGCCAGUCACCACCGUGAAGACUGUACUCUGCCUCGAGAAGCAUACGAGGUGGCUAGGUAGGUAGCGAGCGGUGUGCCGUUGCGUGGCCGUGGUAGCCAAAUAUCAACCAAGCCGGGACCAAGAGCACCAAGAGUACCAAGGCUGGGCGGAACGGAGUCAUGCCAAGAUCCCGCGCGGGGAAGAGGGGGUUUGGGGUAUUUGCCAAGUUUCUCCUCUUCGUCGCUUCGGUCGAGUUGCUGGCGAGCCGCGGCAGAUGUUGAAGAGGAAUAGAGUGAUUGUCUUUGACCCGAAUAUGCGAGGAUGCAUAUGUACGGAGUAGGAGACUGAGGCACGCACGGCAUGCUAGUUGACGUCGGUGCUUGGGUAUGUCCCAAUAGUACUUUCCUACCUGGUACUUUUGAUCCACUCGCAACUCUCACCCUCCGGAACCAAACUUUGGACUCAAACAAGUCACCGCGUGCACGAAUAGUUCGCCUCCCGAGUGGAACACAGAUCCACUCGUUAAUCUGCCGUCAAAACUUCGGCACAGCAACGCACCGAACGUUGCUCCCGACCAUCCUCACACGAAGCGCCGUGGGUCUUCCCUCAACGGGUUUCCACAACUGUAGUCUCUAAAUGAGAUGUGCCGGUGGGUCUCUCCCCCGGCUUCAAGGCUUCAUGGUUGAGAUACAGCAGGGGGAGCCAAUGUGCACGACGUAAAACAGGAUCCACUGGUUAUCUGUCGAUGCUUCGUUGCUGCCGCCGUGAGAGGAUGGGAGCUCCAGGACUUGACCAAGCCCGAAAAAGAGAAGGUGUAGGUGUGUGACGCAACAUAUGAAUUGGAGGCGGAAAUCAUAAUUGAGGGAGAAUCUUGUAUUGCCACAUAUCAACAGGAUCGCAGAUGUGACGUAGAGGAUAGUAAAUUGAAC